AAACGAGUAGUUCGUUCGACCGGGGAGUUCGCUCGGGUCGAUAACUGUGCAUUUAUAGAUUAUCUUUCAUAGCUAACCAAAACAUACAUUAAAGCAAUGACUUCGAAAUUGGAAAUAAAUAUCCGCACCCUCAUAGCUCAGUGCGAAAAUAUAGUGACGGUGAACAAGGAUGACUGGCGUUUGAACAAAUACCUGCGAUCGUUGGAUACGAUGAUUGAAGAAUUGAAUGAACAGUUCGACAAACCCGAAGAGCGGAUCAUCGAAGAGUACCAAAACCGAAGUGCCGAGCUGAAACGAGCCUCAAACUAUGUCGAACCGUCGGCCGAGGAAAAGUUACGCCUUAAAACGAAACCAAAAGCCGUCGACCCGGUCGGGGACGACGUCAUGCGAGAGGUGCGGCAAAUCCAUAGUCAAAAGUUCGAGAAAGAUCUUCGCAACGAGCUGUUUAAUGGAAACUUUUCGACGAUACGGCGACGCGCGGGUCAGAAGGUGGCCGAGAAUCUGGAGCAAACGGUCAAGCAAUACUCGGAUGACCAGGAGAAACUGGCGGAAGAUAUGCUUAAGCUUACGAGAAACUUGAAGGAACAGACUGAAACUGCCAAUAAGAUAAUCAAGAAAGACACCGAGAUUGUCACGAAGUCUGCUACAUUGACGGAUAAAAAUACAUCCACGCUUACAGCGGAAUCGGCUGUGCUGCAAGAAAAGACAAAGAAUGCAUGCAGAUGUUGGAUGUGGUUGAUGAUAGUGUUCGUUAUGGUCGUAUUUAUAACAAUGGUAAUGUUUAUGAAAGUAAUGAAAAAGAAGGUUUGAAAGGGCCCCACCCCGGUCGGUGAAUAAUACGUCCCAAAAUCCUAUAGCAAGCAAAGACAAAAACACGCAGCUAUUUCGAACUAUGCGUUUGUGCAGGUCUGAUUCCAAGAGUGAUUAUUAGUUUCAAAUUUUUUCUCCGUUUCUGUUAUUCCAUUUACAUAUGUUUUGUAUUAUUUUUAUUGCCUCCGUCGAAAUACAAGUGCAUUUUCUAAUUUAUAUA